AUGUCUCUCAAGAACGACGCUUUCCCUUCUUCUGCCGCCUUCGACGCCAUCAACUCGACUCUACAGGCUGAUGCUGCCGAGCGCAAAGAGGCCAUCAACAAGGCUAAAGCGGUCGUCGCUUUCAACAUCAAGAACGACAAGGGCCAAGAAGAGAGCUGGUAUCUCGACCUCAAGGACAAGGGUGUCGUGGGCAAGGGUGCUGCUCCCGAGGGAGGAAAGGCCGAUGGUGAGUUCAAUCAGCUUCUGCACCAAAUAAUGUAUCCGAUACUGAUGAGGCAUCGAUGUUAUGGCAGUGACUCUUUCCCUUUCGGAUACCGACUUCAGUGCCCUCGUAAGCGGCAAGGCCAACGCUCAGAGACUUUUCAUGGGUGGGAAGCUCAAGAUUAA